AUGGACCCUGAGAGCGCGCUAGUUUGGAAUUGAAAAGUGUCGCGGGAGCUUUUGAUAAAGAAUAUCAUCAAGACGAAGCAGCUGCAUUAUAAGUUGGAUGCACUGUUGAGCGCUACAUACCUAGGGGUUUGCGCUGAUUGUACGGAUAUUGUGAUAGCUGGUUAUAUGACAUCCCUUGAGAAAGCAAGAACAAUAUGUAUGUAUGUCAGGAGAAGUUCAGUAUUAUCAUAAGGAGAUGCAUACUUGGAAUAGGCAGGGGAGGUUUAAGAGAGAGCGGGAGGAAGAUGGUGAGCUUGAGUCGGUUAAAAAUAGCAGAAAAAGGGAGAUGGUUUGUUAAAGAAGAAUGGUAGAAAGUGUAAGUGGAGUGUGCUGAAGACAAGAGGAGAAAUGGAAUGAGGGCAAAAUAUCGGAGGUGGUAGGUGUGGUGAAGUUCUCGGAGCCCGAGGCUUGUACAGAGGGUCAGGAUAAAGAUGAGUCUGACAGUAGGAGUGAAGUUUUUGGCUGAUCCAUUUGUGGUUUCGGGGUGGGUGAAAACAGAGUUGGGUACUGUGGAAUCGGUGAGGGAAACCAGAAGUGGUCUUGUGAUAAUUGGUUGUGUUUCUGCUGGUCAGAGGGAGAAGGAGCUCUGUGUUAAACGAAUGGGGCAAGAAAUGUGAAUUGUUUCCCUCUCAAGAAAAGGGCGCAAUUGAAAGGAGUCGGGGGUAGUACUACUACUGGGGUAGUAGUAAAUGUAAAAGUUGACCAACUGAAGAGGAAGAUUUCCGGUGUUUGUGAUGCUUGUCGUUUGGUGCGACGCAGGUGCGACGCAGACAGGGUGGCGAGAGUGGUGAAGCAGAAGUCAUUGUCUGUUCUUUUGAGUUUUGAUGUUGAGUCUUUGCCCGACAAAGUGAUGUUAGGCUAUAUAAGUUAUACUGUAUGAGCUUUUGUGCCGAAUACGUUGUUACAGGUGUCAAGCUUAUGGGCAUGUGGCAGCAGUGUGUAAAAGGGAGGUUCCUAGGUGUGCAGAAGGGCAUGAGACAAAGGAAUGUAUAGCAUUAGGGAAAGUAGUGGUAUGUGUUAGUUGUCGGGUGCCCAUGGUGCUGGGGAUCAGAAAUGUCCCGUGUGAGAGAGGCAGGUUGAGGCUUCCAGGGUGAGAGUAGUGCAGAAGUUGUCAUAUGCUGAGGCAGUGAAGAAAGUAGAGGAAGAUGGGUCAAGGGGAGGGAGCCUAAGAGGAGUGGUGUGAGUAGUAGAUCUGUACCAGUACAGAGGGAUAGGCCAACAUGUGAUAUAUGUUUUAGUAAGGUUGGAUCUUUAGCAUUUAUAGCAAUGAUUAUCAACUGUACUACAGGGAUGGAACAUAAGUCACAGAAAAUGUAGGUUGUGGUGACAGCUGCAGAGAGCUAUUUGGGUGUGCAAGACUUGACAUCAGAAGAGUUACAGGGUCUGUUAAGUGGUGAUGUCCCAUCCUUUCAUGUUGUUGGCAUGAGUUAGGACUAAAUAGAUUUAAAUAGUGGAGUAGGGUGGUGUUAUUUUUAUUUAAUUUGAGCUUUUUUUGUGAGUGUAGUGUUAUAGUAUGGUAUUUAUUUAUCUAGUAGGUGGAGCUUUUGUGCCGAAAAAAUAAAAAUAAACAAAUCUAGUAGGUGGCGGUAAUGCAACAUAUUGGAUGCCAACCGCCGUUAAACCUCAUCGAAGAAGAAGAAAUUCUUCGUAGGGCAGACUCCUCCCUGCUGCAGUUCACAUGGAAGAUGUCACUUUAACUAGUCACCAAUUUCUGUUGGGGUCUCCACAAGGAAAUGGCUGAGGGAUUACGUAGUUUUUUUCCAAAUUGUACAACUCUUUAAUCCUGGACGCGAAUAUUUUAAUAACACUAGCAUUAUACCAUCGGAUAUGUGUGUUUGAGUUUAGUUGAAGUCAAUUUGGCCAACACAACGGGAAAAUAAUAAUUUCGAACUUUUCGGACUCACCUCGGACUUGCUGCUGUUAGUUUACUACCUAGCGAUAACACCUGAUAUAGCUAGCUAAAUAGUUUAAAGUAAUUUGGGACAGUUAGUAGUGAUGGCUGGUAUUAACUUGAGGGAGGCUUUUACAACAAGAUAACUAAUUUCUUAUACGAAAUACGACUAAAGUACAAGCAAGGUAAAGGAUAAAACGGGCAACUUUUUAUUGAAGUUGUCUCGAGCGAAAAUGAACAAUUGUACCGUUAGCACCUAGCUAGCAAAUUAUCUAACGGUAGCUAGUUGACAGUGACAUCAGUGGAAAUUGGGUAUGGUGUUGCAACUUUGUAACGUCAACGUUACCUACUUUAGAUUUGUUUAUCAAUUUAACUAGCUACAGUAGCUGAUUUAGCAUAGCAUGCUAAUGAUGCGGGAUUCAACUGUGAAUUUCAGUGUUCUCCAUAGAACUUGCAAAUUGGUCGUCAUUCUUUGUUUUCUCCAUAUUUCGGUCACUUUAAUUUUUUACGUGAGGUCCUUAGAUAUUCCAUUUUCGUUUGCACAAAAUCAGCAAGCACACGCAGCGAAAAAGCAUAACCAAACUACAUCAAAGGACACCAAACCUGACGUGGUUGAAACGAACCGCUUUUCUGUAGACAACGUGACAUCUACAUUCAAAGAACUUGUAAAAUGUUUUGACACUUCACCACUGCUUGUGGGCCCACUGCGAAUUGAGUUUUCUAACCCAGUCAGCCUUGAUGUGGUAAGGAAGGAGAACCCCAAUCUUCAGAAUGGGGGGCGCUUCAGGCCCAAAGACUGUGUGGCCCUCCAGAAGGUGGCUAUCAUCAUCCCUUUCCGCAACCGCGACGAGCACCUCAAGUUUUGGCUGUACUACCUCCAUCCCAUCCUUCAGCGCCAGCAGCUGGACUACGGCAUCUACGUUAUCAACCAGGACGGUGAUGAGAUCUUUAACCGCGCCAAGCUCCUCAACGUUGGCUACACAGAGGCCCUGAAGGAGUACGACUACGGCUGCUUUGUUUUCAGCGAUGUGGACCUAAUCCCUAUGGAUGACCGCAACACCUACAAGUGCUUCAGCCAGCCCAGGCACCUGUCUGUCUCCAUGGACAAGUUUGGCUUCAAGUUGCCGUACAACCAGUAUUUUGGGGGCGUGUCGUCAAUGAGCAAGGAGCAGUUCCUCAAGAUCAACGGCUUCCCCAACAACUACUGGGGCUGGGGAGGGGAGGACGAUGACAUUUUCAACAGGCUGAGCUCCAAGGGUAUGACCAUCUCACGGCCCAGCGGAGCCGUGGGGAAAUGCAGGAUGAUCCGCCACAACCGGGACGGUGGGAAUGAAGACAACCCUCAGAGGUUCGACCGCAUCGCCCACACCAGGGAGACAAUGAACAAAGACGGCAUCAAAACCCUGUCGUACAAAGUGGUCAAAGUGGAGAAGGAUCAAUUAUACACCAAAAUUACUGUGGACGUGGGAAAGAAAGACUGAGAGAACCAAUAAAACAUGAACAGCCUUGACAACCUGUGGUGGAUGCAGUAACCAAAUGUGCCUUGACAUUGCAAAUAAUGAUAUGCCUUGGACUCUUUGGACUACAGAGAAUGACUGAUCUGAUCAGCAAACAAACGUUCCCUUUAUUUUCGGCCUUUGCACAUCCGAUGGUGAAUUGAACUGGGAUUCCAGCUUUUUCUUUAUAGGAUCCAUAAAUCAUUGACACCAGGAAUGACCGUUGACAUUCAGUACAUUGACACACUGUUGGUUUCCUAUUGGGCUUGUAUGUACUCCACACUCUUUUUGAAGAUUGCUGCUGCGAAGUCCUUUGUGAGCCAUUUUGUCUUGACGGGUGGUUGUAAAAUUAUUCAUUUAUUGUCCUAUGCAUCGGGGACUCACAAAAUUAAUUGAAUGUCUAUUUCUUUCUAGUACUGUUGAUGUUGUUUUGGCAUCAUUGUAGUUUUCUGUCACUUUUGUGAGAUAUUUGCUAUUCCUUUUGAUUCCUUUGCUGAUCGAGCAAGGUUUCAACCCAUUCAAUGCCAAGUGCUCAGGCCAAAGAUUGAACUUGAAAUUGUAGAGUUCCAUAACAAACCAAGUCACUUUUUUUUUUUCAAAGGCAACCAAACAAUUUCCAAGCAUCAAAGGGCCUAGAACUCCAAAAAUACUUUUUUUUUUUUAAGUCCAAAUCCCAUGAUAGUUAUAUUAGAGAAGGGGUCCUUAAGGGUAUUUGAACUAUCUUGAAAGUGUCUCCGUUGAAGCUCCCUUCCCUGUGAAGAGCACCAUUCCAGGUAGCCUCUAAGGAGGCCUCUCCCUGGUGGAAAAUAGGUACCUGAAUGUAUUUGCCUGGUGGUGUUGUGUGUGUGUGUGUGUGCCCUGAGGUAAAAUGCUACCAUGCUGUUGUCUGUCAUGAGUGUCUGGCGUUCUACUUUUUUUGUGUCUACGAGAGUGGGUUCUAUGCUGAAAAGGAUCCUCUUGUAGUCCGUGUAUGUCUAAGGAAGUGUGAGGGUUAGAAAAACAAGCAUUUUGUAUCCUCAAUACCUAGUAAUCAAUACCCUUAAAGACAUCCGCAUGUUUUUAAACUGGACGGUCACCAUGUCUUCCUCACAGGUACUUUAUAGAUCAUCAUAUACAGUAAAAAUGGCUCAAGCUUGUGAGCCAUGGGGCAUGAUGUUGCACAAGUAAAGUUAGUAACUCAAUCUUGAGAAAAAGCCAUUGAGAUUUCUGACUGGAUGGAACAGAAUAAUUGUGCUGUCCAUACUUAGGCUUAAAUGUUUGCCAUUCCUCUCCUGACUGCUUCUUAAUUAUAUCAGUGCUGGUGUCUGGAGAAUCUAUAAAAUGACUGCCAUUUCUGCCUUACCUAAAUAAACUUGAAAAUAUAAAUUAAUUGGUCAACAUUUUGAUGUCACUGGGUUGCUCUUCAAGCUGUAAGCCUUUAUGGGCUCGGCCAGGAAACCCAAUAUCGUGGGCUUAUUCAACUAUGGUGGAACGUUGCGUAUAGAAAUCCUUUAUAUAGAAUGAGCACAAUGUACAAUCAUGGUGACUACAGGAUUGUGUCAGCUCUACGCAACACAUUUCUAUACUUUAAAUUUGGAGUGGUUGCCAACUUGAGUACAUCUUAAAGGCCUCAUCACCACAUACCUCCUCACUCUGUCUGGUAGCCACACACAAACACUCUAAAGACAUGGGAGAUGCCUUGCAUGCAGGGAUGCAUUAUGUGCGAUGCAUACCAUUUUUUAUCUCAUGUUCUCAAUCCACCCAAAGGCUCUUUCAGAGUUGAACUAAGGUCUUUAUAGGUUGGCUAAAGCCAGGUUGUGUACCUCCCAUAGACAAUGGCCUUUAUUGAGAGCCAGCAUUUUGUAUGUCAAGUGUGAAUUCAGUUUGUUUUGCAAAAGUUAGCUGGCUAAUCUGCAAGGCUUCAUUACUCUGUUCCUUUUUCUCUUCAUGGUUUCCAUUAUGAUUCAAUGUGUGCAUGUAUGUGUAUGCUUGUGAUUUCUACAAAUGCAUGUCUUUGUAAAUCUUUUGCUGGCUCUUCACAUUUUCAUUCAAAAAUGUAUACUGACUUUUAGCAAUGUUUUGGUGUCGAUGAAAAAAAAAAAUCUGUCUAGGUAAUUAAAUAUUUAAGUAAA